AUGGAGUCGAUCAGUCGUAUCUCGAGCUUGCUGGAGACUGCCCGCGACCUCACCCUCGAAGCCGCCCGCGAGGCCAGCAAUGCCCGCAAGGCGCCGACGCGCAUGCUGCCCUCGGGCCAGCUCAAGAAGCUGCUCGACAGCCGCUCCGAGCGCGAUGUCCUCGAGGGCCUGCGCAGGGUCGUCACGAUGUCCUACCGCCAGCCGCACUCGCAGACCCUGCCCUUCUUCUCCCACGUAAUCAAAAACGUCGCAUCGCCCUCGCUGCCCGUCAAGAAGCUCGUCUACAUCUACCUCCUCCAGCACGCCGAACAUGAGCCAGACACGGCCCUCCUCUCCAUCAACACGAUCCAGAAGUCGCUCACGGACCAGAACCCCCAGCUGCGCGCCCUGGCCCUGCGCGUCAUGUCCGGCAUACGCGUGCCCGUCAUCAGCCAGAUUGUAAGCCUGGCCAUCAAGCGUGGGGCCGGAGACAUGUCGCCCUACGUCCGGAGAGCAGCCGCCCUGGCAAUACCAAAGUGCUACAGCCUGGAUCCAAACACGGUGCCCCAGCUCCUCGAAUACCUCUCGACCCUCUUGGCCGACAAGCACUACUUCGUCACAGGCGCAGCCGUCGCUGCCUUCCUGGACAUUUGCCCAGAUCGCCUGGACUUGAUACAUCCACACUACCGCGCCCUGGUACGCAAACUGGCAGACAUGGACGAGUGGGGCCAAUUAGCCACCUUGCAGCUCAUGAUGGUGUAUGCGCGCAAAUGCUUCCCCAGGCGGACCAAGAAUGUCAAGAAGGCUUCAGCGAACACGCGCACGAAUGCCAACCCAACAAAGCCUACGAGAGGCUUCUACGAUAGCCAGAGUGAAGACGAGGAAGAGGACGAGCAGGAGGAUUUCGAGCAAGUGGCUGUACUCGACCCCGACCUCGAGCUUUUGCUGAAGAAUUGCUUGUCUCUUCUGCAGUCACGCAACGCUGCAGUCGUGAUUGCAGUCGCGAGGACAUAUCUCUACCUGGGCACGCCUGAUUACGUUUCCCUGGCCAUUGGGCCUUUGGUGUCUCUUCUGCGAUCACCCAGCGACAUUCAACACAUUGCCCUUUACAACGUUGUCCAAGUCUGCUUGACGCACCCGGAACCGUUUGUCAAGUACUACACGCACUUCCUUGUGCGCUCCACGGAUGCUCCACACAUCUGGCGGUUAAAGCUGGAGCUGCUUACACUGAUCUUCCCGCACGCGCAACCCAGGCUGCAGAGUUUGAUACUGGCCGAGCUCAGUCACUUCUCACACUCUGGCAGUCUGGAUCCUGCCCUUGUUAAGGAGUCUGUCCGCGCGAUAGGCAGAUGUUCGCAAAGUCCUGCCACAAGCCCGCAAACAUCAGCACGGUGCCUAAGACUACUUCUCAAGCAUAUCGGCUCCGCAGACGCCCACCUAGUGGCCGAAUCUCUCGACGUCAUUCGACACUUGAUUCAGCGCAAUCCAGACGCUCACCGUACAACCGUAGUGCGAUUGGCGAAGCACCUCGACGCAGCAACCAGCCCCCAGGCACGUGCAAGCAUAAUCUGGCUCGUAGGCGAGUUCGCCGGUCUGGAUCCGGAAAACAACAUAGCCGCAGACGUUCUACGCAUUCUAGCAAAAGGCUUCGCCGACGAAGCCGAACCCGCGAAGCUGCAAAUCAUGCUCCUAGCUGCCAAAGUGUACAUCCACCACCUGCACGCCAAUCCCCCACCGUCUCCUACGACGCAAGAAGAAGCCCCCGAGUCGAGCGCCUCUCUACUAGACAACUAUCAGGAAGACGAUGGCGGCUUCCGCGACGCGCACCUCGAGAACCCUCCGCCUCUCGAACCCGAGCAGAAAGAGUCACCGCAUCAGGUCGAAGCGCUAUACAACUACAUCCUCGCCCUGACCCGCUACGACACAUCCUACGACCUGCGCGAUCGAGCCCGCUUGUACAAAUCCCUCCUUUCCUCCCCCUCGAGCACUCAACUCGCCUCGCUGCUCCUCCUCGCGCCCAAGCCCGUCCCACACAUCCCUUCGCCCUCGGAGACGCGCAAAAACUACGUCCUCGGCAGCGCCUCGCUCGUCAUUGGCGACGAAGGCGGCGUGGGCGGCUUGCGCGGAUACGAAGACUUGCCGCCAUGGGUCAAGGCUGGGAGAGAGCCCGACGCGGCCCUGCGCGACGAAGCAAUCAAGGAAACCUACGUUUCCGCGUACGAAGUCGCAAAGAACAUGUCGGCGAGCGAGCGGCUGGAUGCUGCGGCCCACGUCGACAGCGGAAGGGUGCGCAUGCCCGAGACGAUCGCGUCGUACAGGAGCCCGAACGGCGUCGGCAGCGCGGUCGAGAAGCCGGCGCACAAGGAAAAGACGCUCGAUGACUGGCUAGCCGAGUCCAGCGGGAGCGAAGAGACGGAUGAUGAUGAAGAUGAAGACGAAAGCGACGAGGAGAGCGAGUACGAGACGGAGAGUGAGAGUGAGAGUGGAGAUGAGAACGCCAGACUCGUCAAGUAG